GAGGCUGAGAGGGGCAGCUGGGAAAGGUGUAGAGGGGAAGAGAAUGCCUCUCCAGGAGGCAGCCACUGAGACAGCGACGAAACAGAUCCAAACCCCACUAAUUCUCCCUUUCUCCUCCUCCUUAAACGACCGCUGCCACCGCCGCUGUCACCACGAUCACCACUAGUUCCUAGCUCCUUCCGACAAGAGGGGGUCGGGGCCGACGACUUUGGCAGUCUGCUACCUAAGGUGAUGCAAAGAUGCGCACCAUGUCAAGCUCCACCUCCAGCAAGGGCAUCGCUGCCAUUGUUGGGGUCGGCCCAAAGCUCGGCCGCUCCGUCGCCCGCAAAUUCGCUCACGAGGGCUACACUGUCGCCAUUCUCGCCCGUGACCUCGGAAGGCUUUCGAGGUUCGCCGAUGAGAUCGCGAGGGAGGAGAAGGCGCAGGUUUUUGCAAUUCGGAUAGAUUGCUCGGACUCGAGAAGCGUGAGGGAGGCGUUCGAGGGCGUGCUCUCGCUGGGGUUUGUGGAGGUGCUAGUCUACAAUGCAUACCAGCCCGUCUCUUGGCACCCGUCCAACUUCGCUGAUGUCCGGGUUGACUCCUUUGAGAAGUCCCUUGCCGUCUCCACUGUCGGCGCCUUCCACUGUGCCCAGCAGGUCCUGCCUGGCAUGGUGGAGAGAGGAAGAGGAACGAUUCUCUUCACAGGCUGCUCGGCUUCACUGAACGGCAUUGCCGGGUUCUCUGAAUUAUGCUGUGGGAAGUUUGCAUUGAGAGCUCUAUCGCAGUGUUUGGCAAGGGAAUUCCAGCCGAUGGGAGUGCACGUUGCACACGUUAUCAUUGAUGGAGUGGUUGGCCCACCGAGGGGGGCACUGACGAUGUCGUUGCAGAGAGCACCUUCCGUUGGGGAGCCACAACAGCAAAGCAUAGUUUCAGUAGACCAUGGGUCGGGGCCAAUGGACCCGGACUCGCUGGCACAGACCUACUGGCACUUGCACAUUCAGGACCGAACUGCCUGGACCCAAGAGAUUGACCUCCGCCCUAGUGGCCCCAGGCUCUUUUAAAAUUCAUUACCUGGUCCUAUCACCAAAAAUUAUCAGGUACUUUCAGCAGUAUACUAGAUCUCCAGUAUGAGGCUGGUGCCUCAUAAGAUGGGUAUCUAGUGCAUAUAUUACAUGUUAAAGACUUACCCAAGUGCCAUCUCCACAGAUUUCUUUAUUUCGUAAAGAUCACGGGCAGGCCCAAAGUUACACUGUUUUUGGAUUUUCAGUGUGUUUUGCCCUUGUUUUGUCGUUUGGGGUCUCUGGUUUUGACUUGAUUUGACUGUAAAUAAUCGUGGGAUUAAAGAGUUGAUUUUAUGUUUUGUUCAAAAUGUACUUUGAUUAGCUUCCCGAGUGGUAUAUUAGAAGAGGGAGAAUGAUUAUGAGAUGAUUGAUCUUGUCGGCUUCAUCAAUAUAUAUCAUCAUGCCA